AUGUCGAGACCCGAAUUCCUUCCAACAGAUGAGAAAUUGGUGAGCUAUUUCCUGAGGAGCAAGAUUCUGGGACUGCCCUUACCCGACUCAGAAUCCAAAUUCUUGAUUGAAUUAGACAUGUAUGGCACUAGUGGCGGCACGUCCAGCAGUACUACUACUCUGGCCGCCGGCGUCCACGACUUAUUCGGUUCCGACGAUUCCGACCACCUUCCCUGGCAACCUUUUGCAGUGGACUUCCCGAGCGGCCGCAAGUUACCGGGUCGAAUUCUUUACGUCUUCACCCGAUUAAAUUCUAAUAAUGCCGCCGAAAAUAGUAGUUGUGGUGGUGGAGUAGCACCAUCUAUAAAGAGGGAGGUACCUGGAUUUGGAACUUGGGUUGAAACGAACAAAACUUCCGGCAUCUCCAUGCGUGACAGGACAACGACAACCAGAGGAGUAGUGGUAGGUUACAGUAGAUUUUUCCACUUCAAAUCAUCAUCAACAGCCAGCACUAAUGGCCACCAAUUAGUAGUUCCGGGGUUAUGGUUUAUGAUUGAAAUCCACAUCUAUCCCGCGGCUCUUGGAAUUAGCACUACUAGUCGUGAUGGAUUGAUGGAUUGGGUGGUGUGUAAGAUAAUCAAGUGUGAUGAGAUUGAUGACAAAAAUGUUAGAGCUACGACUGAUGUGGGAAAGUAUUGUGGGGAUCAACGCGACAAUAUUUUCUACACCAAUUGUGUGGUACAACAGGAGGUUGCCUUGAUGGUGAUUGAUAGUGGGAGUAGCAGCAAUUUGAUCAGUGCUCAUUUGGUAGCUAAAUUGGGAUUGCCGACCACUCCGCUUCCGGUACCGCGUGAAGCCCGAUGGAUUCAUAAUGAUCAGCGGGUAACCGUGGAUAGGCAAGCUACGGUUCACUUCGUCAUAGCCUUCGAGCUUCCAUUAACUAAGCUUGAAUAA